UUUUUUACAUCAAACUCUGUCCGUAGUAUAUAUAAUUUGCAUCUCGAGGUUCUUAUACGAUUUUAUAAAAUAACAUUUUUAUCAUAACUUUCCCAAAAGCUUCUCUUCCAUCGCUGUACCGGUUUCCAUCUCAAAUCCCGGGAAAUUGAAUUGUUUCUCUGUCGGAGAAUCAUCAUCGAGACCUCUGUUAUCUCUCUCCGCCUCUCGUGGCCGUCCCUCCCUCUGUUUACCUCUGCCGAUCCCAUUUCUCCUUCCUUUCCCGAUGCGGUUGUCUCUCUCCCACUGAUCUACGAUUGAGCUUGGUUAGCCUCAUGAAUUAGGGCUUUUCUACGCAUCUUGUAUGCGGAGAUUGGAUCGCGCUCUUCUGUGCUUUUUGAUGCCGAAAACUUCUAGACACUGUCUUCGCUGCUAGAUUUCGGAUCAUCCUCCGUUUUCAAAUGGCAGCGCCGAGGCCGACGGGGAGCCAGGAUCUGUUCGAUACGUAUUUCAGGAGAGCAGAUUUGGAUGGAGAUGGUCAUAUCAGUGGAGCUGAGGCUGUCGCUUUCUUCCAGGGCUCGAAUUUGCCUAAACACGUCCUUGCUCAGGUAUGGUCUUACGCAGAUGCAAAAAAGGCUGGUUACCUUGGUCGAGCGGAGUUUUAUAAUGCUCUGAAGUUGGUAACUGUGGCACAAAGUAAACGGGAAUUAACUCCUGAGAUAGUGAAGGCUGCAAUAUAUAGUCCUGCUUCAGCCAGUAUCCCUGCUCCCAAAAUAAAUCUUGCUGCAACACCCUCUCCACAGCCCAGGGGAACUGUGCCUACUACACAAGCUCAGGGAGUUGCAUCAUUGCCAUCAGUAGCGGCUGGUAUGAGAGGACCUCAAAUGGGUGGAACUGUAAGCACUAGUAACCAACAAGUAGUCCCAGGCCAGCAGAACCAAUUUACUGGGCUGCCUCCAUCUCAACCACAGCAAAACUUUCAAAGCCAGGGUAUGCCAGCUGGAGGGACUAAUGCACCUCGUCCUGCAAACCAACCCAUGCCAUCUGAUUGGCUUAGUGGCAGAGAUGUUGGGCCCUCUGGGCAAGUGAAUUCUCAAAUUCCUUCGAGUCAGGGUGCAUAUGGUUUGACAGCACCUAAUUCAACUGCCAACCAUAUACCAAAACCGCAUAUGACACCUUCAGUAAUAAGCUCUACGACAGCCAGACCUCAAGAAUCAGCGCCUGUGCACAAGCCCCAAGAUCCAUUUGCUCCUUCAGGGGCUCGGGCUCCAGAUUCUUCAUCCAAUCAAUUGGUAGCCAAGGAUGCGGCUGCAUCAGGAAACGGGUUUCCCUCUGACUCACUUUUCGGAGAUGUGUUUUCAGUUGCUUCCACGCAGCCAAAACAGCAUACGACGGGAACUACUAUGGCUCCUGAGGUUACACAGUCUGUAGUUAGGCAAAGUUCAAUCCCACAACAGGGUUCAUUGAGCCAGCAUCAUGUUGGUGUUCAGAAUCAGCUUACUGGAAAUUCAGGGCAGCCAAUUGUUUCCUCCGGUGCAGCUUCUGGUACAACUGGCUCCACUGUUGGAGUUGGAAUUUCUGCAUCCAGUCAGUUGACCCCGCGUCAGUCCCAACCCCAGCCCCAACACCAACACCGACACCAACCCCAACCCCAACACCAACACCAGCCCCAAUACCAUCCCCAUCCCCAACACCAACCCCAUCCCCAGUCUCCAGCCCCUUGGCCAAAAAUGACUCCAGCUGAUGUCCAGAAAUAUACAAAGGUUUUUGUGCAAGUUGAUACUGAUAGGGACGGAAAGAUCACCGGGCACCAGGCUCGGAACCUGUUCACAAGUUGGAAACUCCCACGAGAGGCUUUGAAGCAGGUAUGGGAUUUAUCUGAUCAAGAUAAUGAUAGCAUGCUCUCCUUGAGGGAGUUUUGUAUUGCGGUCUAUCUAAUGGAGCGUUAUAGAGAGGGUCGACCUCUUCCCCCCAUGUUCCCAAACACUUUAAUAUCUAGUGAGAGCAUGUUUACCUCUCCUGGUCAAUCUGUGGCUCCACAUGGCAAUGCAUCCUGGGGACAACCACAUGGUUUCCAACAGCAAACGAGGCCACCAGCUAUUCCCAAAGGGAAGCCUCCGAGGCCGGUUCCUCUCUCUCCUAGUGAUGGAAUGGCCCCGCCCACCCAGCCAAAGCGAAAGUUGCCUGAGUUGGAAAAACAUCUGGUGGAUCAACUUAGCAAAGAGGAGCAGGAUUCACUCAACUCGAAGUUUGAAGAAGCAACUGCUGUUGAUAAAAAGGCACUUCCUGGUUUCUCUCUGAUUUUAAUGUGUCUUUUACCCCUCUUCAUAUGGCACUCAUUUGAAUUAUCCGUGUACUCUUUAACAUAUGCGUCUUCCAUUUCUUUUUUUUCAAAAUUCUUGUAUUUUGGUCUUCAGGUGGACGAACUUGAAAAAGAAAUAGCUGAUUCCAAGCAGAAAAUUGAGUUCUUCCGUGCUAAGAUGCAGGAACUUGUUUUAUACAAGAGCAGAUGUGACAACCGAUACAAUGAGAUCACAGAGAGAGUCUCGGGUGAUAAACGUGAGCUUGAAACUCUAGCAAAAAAGUAUGAGGCGAAAUACAAGCAGUCUGGCAACGUAGGCUCUAAAUUGACUAUUGAAGAGGCCACAUUCCGCGAUAUACAGGAGAAGAAAAUGGAAUUGUACCAGGCAAUAGUCAAAUUUGAAGAAGGCAAGCUUGAUGAUAGUGUUGUUAAGGAGCGCACUGAACACAUCCAAUCAGGCCUUGAGGAACUGGUUAAAAAUUUGAAUGAGCGCUGCAAACAAUAUGGAGUACGUGGCAAACCCACUUCUCUGGUGGAGCUUCCUUUUGGUUGGCAGCCUGGAAUCCAGGAAAGUGCUGCUGAUUGGGAUGAAGAUUGGGAUAAACUAGAGGAGGAAGGGUUUGCCUUCGUCAAGGAGCUUACACUUGAUGUCCAAAAUGUCAUAGCUCCACCAAAGGAAAAGACAUCGGUUUGGAAGAAAGAUGUUACAUCCUCAAAAGAAGGUGAAGACGUUUCAUCCACAGAUGUUGAGUCUAAAACAGAGAAAAAGCCAAGCAGUGGUGAAGAGGCUUCUGAAAAGGAUCCAGCAUCUGAACAUUCAGAAGGAAAAACAGAGAAAAACGGAUCUCUGGAUGACUCUAGAAAGGGUAUUGAAGCUGAUGGUUCACCUCGAACAAAAGAUACGAGGAGUGAAAAUGGCCAAGACGAUGGUGAAUCUACUGCUUCUGCUGGCAAAACUGGAAACGAACCUGUAUAUUAUGACUCUCACGAUGAUACAGAUUCAGUUUCAAGCUUCAACCCUGAUAGCGGAAAGGACAAGGAUCAUGAGAAGCAUGAUAGUGGCUUUGGAUUCGGAUUCGGAUUCGGAUUCGAUGACUUCAGCAUUAAGCCUAUAAAAACGGGCUCCAGCCUUUCAAGUGACUUCCUCCCUCCUAAGUUAUCUAUAUUCUCUGAUUCUGUCCCAAGCACCCCGGCAAAUGCGAACGACGCUUUCACUGCAAAACCUUCCUUGUUCGCUGAUUCUGUCCCGAGCACUCCUGCAACAACCACUGCCUCUUACCAAGGCACGAAAUCGUACUUUGAUGACUCGGUUCCAAGCACUCCUGCUUAUCCUGGCAACUUGUUUCCCGAGAAGAAAUCAUACUUUGAUGACUCGGUUCCAAGCACUCCUGCCUAUCCUGGAAACUUGUUUCCCGAAAAGAAAUCAUUCUUCGAUGACUCUGUCCCAAGCACUCCUGCUUAUAGCACGUCUGAUUUUGGCGGGAAGCCAUUUGCGUCAGAGACUCCUCGCUCAGACAACUUGUUCCCAGGAAGAAGUCCGUUCAUGUUCGACUCUGUCCCAAGCACACCUGCUGCACACGAUGACUUCUCUUCCAACAACAACAGCUUCUCCCGCUUCGACUCAUUCAACAGCAACAACAACGACCCUUUCUCUCUAUCCCGCACAGACUCGAUGCGCAGCACAAGCGAGCCCGACCCAUUCGCAUCCAGGUUUGAUUCUUUCAACUAUCAAAGAUAUGAUUCUUUCAAUGCACAGAGCUUUGAUUCAUCUAGCAACAACAACAACAACGCAUCCGAGACACCUAAAGCCUCAUUGACAAGAUUCGACUCAAUCGGAAGCACCAGAGACUCUGAUUACAGUCACGGGUUUGGGUUCGAUGACCAUGACCCGUUCGGUUCUACCGGACCAUUCAAAUCGACGACAACUACAGCAGAGACACCACGGAGUUCUGAUCAUUGGAAUGCCUUCUAGCCUCAAAAGUCAAAAGCCCACGUGUGAUAUGAAUAUGUUCACAAUAUCAUAUAGUUUGCUGUACUUUUACAGUUCGAACUUACCUUUCGGAAGAGUUAUAUGUAUUUCAUUUGUUUGGUUUGCCCUCUGCUUGCUUCAUUUUUAUUGUUAAUAUAUAAUAGUUCUAUUGCCAUUUUUUUAUCUUGCAAGGAUUUUUUGACGAGUGUCCUUUGAUCUCCCGAGUAGUGUUUCUUUCUUUGCCCAUUUUGUUAUAAUGAAUAAUGAACUUCUAUUUGACCUUGUGAAACAGAGAUUUAUAUUAUUGUAUCUUUGUUCUCUUAAGGAUAAUUUCCAGAUGUUUGUUACAUA